UUGGUUGAUUUCACUGUGCGUGCUGGUCGCGAAGGAAAAUUGAGCUUAUUUUAUAUUGAAAUUGCAGCAUGGAAAAAGUGGUACUUUAUUUUAUUUAAAGUGGUUGAAAUAAGCCGUAGAUAAUAUGCAAUGUAUUCCUUUAAACAUAAUUGAUUUUGCAUCACUCGGACACACUUUGGGACUGGAAAGUUGGGUUUCAAUUAAGGGAAUGCUCAUAUUGAUUUCAGCUUCGACAAAAGAAUCCGCUCUAAGAUACAUAAUGGUUGGGCAUCCAUCAGAAUGAAAUCUCAACUGAAGAAAAAUUGUUUGAAUUGCUGAGUUGAUGCCAGUGUGAAAGAGUGGAGUUCAUAAUGGAGGAAAGGCAAGAAGAAGCUAACACAGAGGUACAUAUACCUGCAAAUGGAGGUGAAGAGGGAGCAGUUGAACAGACAACAUACACAGAAAGUGGAUACACACAAGAUGGUGACCAAGUCUUGCUUAGCUGGAAAGCUCUGUAUGAAAAUCUGGAGGUCAAAGAAUAUUAUCCACUGAAGAAAUUUGCUGCAUUGUUGAAAAAGCUUUCUUCUUCAUUGACCCAAGCUGCCCAGCUAACAUUUGACUUCAGUGGCAUAGAGCAAUUAACGGACCUGGUGUUCUGUGUUAUGGACGAGGAGUUGAACACCCUCAGGAAAGGAGUCAAGGCUGUGCACUGCAAUGGAUGCAUCCAUCUUACAGACGUGGGAGUGUUCUUUCUGGCCAAGGCUUUUCAGGAUUUAGAACAUGUUUCCUUUGAUGGCUGUCCCCACCUGACAGAUGAGUCCCUGAAGUACCUGCAGUUGUUCUGCACAGGGUUACAGCAUGUCAGUGUGUCAGGGACCAGUGUGGGCUAUAUACCUACCAGCAUAGGAAACGCCUGCAAGAUUACUGUUGAUGGGUGCCCACUGUAUGAUCCUGCACAGUAUGAUAACAGCACAUUCAAUGAAUGUCAACGUGAGAGUCAAGGACAUGAGAGAAAACUAGUGGUGUUCAGGAGGCAAGACUGCGAUUAUAAGUUCACGGAAUUUUUGAGGACAGGAAAAUUUGAGCGCUGUGAUAAUGAACAAGAAUUAACACAGUUUGGUAAUGAUUAUCUAUCAAAUUUUUCCCUGUCAAAUUCCAAUUCCGUUUCUGAAAAUGAUGUGGAGUUCCUCUUGAAUGUGAUUGAAACUAAGGGAUAUAGUAUGUCCUCAGACAGUGUUCCAUUUACAACUGAGAGUGCUGCUUUUGUUCUUCUCAUAGACUUCAAUUCAGCUGAUGAUUUACAGUUGAAAAUUAUGAACAAGAUUGAUGUUAUCAGAGGACAUGUCAACCAUGCUCCCAUAAUGAUUGUGAUCCUCUAUGAGGACUCCCCUGGGCAAACAACUGCUGGUUCCAUUGAAGAACAAAUAUCCCGUCUUAACCUGGAUCUGGAUGCACAACUGAAGCAGACGGCAGAGAGCCUAAAGCAGCAUUUAGCAGCAGAGCAUUGGAGCAAAGUUAAUGAAGAGGACUUUGAAUAUCAGGAAAGAUACAAACGUUCCCUUUAUACUGCUGAGAGUAGAACUGUAUACACGAUGGUUUCUGUGGAUGUAAAAACAUUAAAGAUGCAAGUGUAUGGUCUACAAAGCAAUGUGAUUGAGGAAGGCCAGGCUACAAGCAAGGAAGAAGAACUAAAUGAGUUUCUUACAAAUCACUGGAAUAGAGCAAUGGAUAAGCUUCAGAGUUUAGCCAAGUCUGAUAUAUCUGAGCUUAAGUCUUAUUCUAAACCACCAGUUGCCGUAAUUGAAUGCACAAGGGCAUUGUGUAUUCUUUUAAAUCAGAGACCCAAGACAGUAGAAGAUAGCAGUGAUGCUAGUAAAUGGUGGCCAACAGCAAAGAAACUUAUCUCAAGUUUUUCCUUCCUGAGGGAUAUGCAUUCUUAUGAACUGGACACUGUUACAGAAGAGCAAAUGGCAGAAAUUGAGGCGUAUAUCAAUGAUGAAAGAUUCACUGAAUCAAAGAUCGCUGUAGUAUCAAAUGCAGGUGUAGCUUUUCAUGUGUGGGUGCAUGCUGUAUAUGCCUAUGGGAAGAUAAAAUAUGCAACAUCUAAAGAAUCCAAUGUGUCGAACAUCAUAGAAUAUGGACAGGGUGCAGCAUUUUUGCUGUCAAGACUAUCAGCAUUAUGCUCAAAUGCUGUUGGAAUGAAUUUUGAGCAAAGUUUAGAGUUCUCUGGACCAUUUAUGGAUAUUUCAAAGGCCUUCCCAAACCACAGAAUAUGCUCACUGGACAAACUGGUGUCAGAGUUGAAGGAGAAACCAUUUGGUGCUAAUCUGGCAGCUUAUGCUCAGGCACUCAGCAGGCUUGACAGAAUGGGCAAAGUAGUUUUUCUGAAAGACACACCUGAACAAUAUGUUGUGACUGACAUCCAGUGGUUUCUGAACCUUAGUGCACAAUUGUACAAAAUCGAGGGCUUUAAGAAUUUAGGACGCGUCAAAUCUUUGUCAUCAGAAGAAAGCCUUUUGAGCAUGGCUGAUCUGCGAAAUGUAAUUGGAGAACUUGCAACUGAUGAAGAGUUCUCUCAUUGGAUGAGCAUUAUGUUCCAUGAUGGAGGCAUGCUUAAAAUUCCAUAUUGUCGUCUGCAUCCAGAAGACCCUCCAUUCCUCCUGGCAUUAUUUGUGCAACUGCAGCCAAAACCAUACUUGUACCUUGAUGGUGCAUCUAAAGAUAGACUUUCAGAAAAAUAUUUUCAUGAAAACUAUUUUCCUCACUUGAAUUCCAAGGAUUACAAUCCAGAUGACCUGAGAGUGAGCUUGAGUUACAGGUUUACAAAUGGCUACUCGGGUUCCUUGCUCGGCAGAAUUAUCUCUGACUGCUUGUUGCUAGGUGAUGUGAUGUAUAUCUGGUCCACUGGUGUCUUGUGCAGAAAAGGAGCAAUGGAAAUCCUCAUAAAGAGGAAUGUGCAUGCUGUCAUGGUAACCAAUCAAUUUGACAUCGAAGCCAGAUGCACGUGUCCACCUGGUGGGCAGAAGAACAUAGUGUUAGACUACAUCUGGGCUACUCUCAGCACAUACUUACUGAUUGUGGAUUAUCAUAUUAGCAGGCACCCAAGUCUACAUGUUAAGAUCACCAUUCCCUGCCAGGGUAAAUGUGCCUCGGAGGCAACACCACACUUAUUCUCUCCAACAGAGUUUCCCAAAAGUCUGCAGACAUCACACUUUCCAGUCUGUCCUAAUCAGAUCUGUGGAACCACAUGUGAACUGAAACUCAUGCACAAUUACCAACCCUUCCUCCCAUACCAUGACUGGUGUGAGAGUUACGACCCCCCUCACAGCUGCUGCUGGUGUGACCACUGCCUCAGCAAGGGUGGCCAGUGUCCACAAAAUCACAUAGGGAGCACCUGGAGGUGCAACUGUGCUGCUAUUGGCUGGAAAUGUGCCAACUGUGGAAUUUGUAGAAGAUGUGUGGCCAAAUUGUGGAAAAUGCAGAGUAGUCUAAGCCCAUCGUUCAUGGCUCAGCACCAAGAUGAGCAAGGCCAAAAUUUUCAGGGGACAUUGAUAGAUUUCAACCUACUGAGAAAGAAGAGCAUGGCUUCUGAAGAACACUUUUCUAUAAAACAUCCAGGUGUUUUAUCUCAUGAUUACCAGACAUCCAUUUAUCUCACUGUGUUCAAACCAGGGUCAAUGGUGUUGCAAGUGGUAGAGAAACAAAGCACUGAUGUCAUUGCAAGUGUCAGCCUUGAAGCUGGAGAAGUUUCCACAGGUGACAAGAUAAAGCUACAGGUGACAGGUGAGCAGCUGGAUGAAGACCAACAGAGUUUCCAGCCUUAUCUUGAAGUACUUGUGAAUGAUAGGAAGACAUUCUCUGGUCUUAUACCAAGUGGUUGUGGAUUGAAAUUUCAAGCCACAGAAUCAUCUUCCACAACAGAUCUACCUGUAGUGACCUUGCACUGGCCAACUGUACCUGUGGUGACUAGUCGCCACUUCUCUCCUGGUCAGCUGGUUAUGUUCAAAACAUCCAUUGGUAGCCAAUGGGCAGUGUCUGAGGUCCAGCAGGUGUCCGAUGACCAGCUGGUAGCUGCAGAUGGACUCACAGGAGAGAUCAGUGCUGGACAAGUGAGUCCAGUUUUGACUCCAACUGGAGAUGCAAAUAUCAUUAUAUCAGAAACCAGAGACAUGGUACGAGAUAGCAGGCAGCUGUACAAAUAUCUGGAUAAACAAAAAGGCUUGCCAGCACCAUUUGGCUUGUUCCCUAGAGUACAACAACAAGAGCCACAGGUGUCAGCACUGUCCAUUCACAAGCGAUGGCUGCAGCUUGACAUCCAGUCCUGGACUGAAGAGGGCGCCAGGUAUUGCACAGUGAAUCAUUACCAUCCAGCAGUAUUGGAGCAGUGUUUAAACUACAGACUUCAACACCCCAAUGUUCUGGACACUGGCUACAGUAUUGUCCUGCUCCCUGCUUAUCAAAAUGGCCUGAUGAAGUGGACACAGCCAGCCAGACAUGACAUCCACAAAAAUGACCACUAUGCAGUGGACAUCAGGUUUGGAUACAAUAAAAUCCUUGAGAUCCAUGAAAACCUGUUUCUUAUACGUGCAUUGAAGCACCAGAAACUGGACAGAAAGGAGUUUUUGCUGUUGUUUGAAAGUCACUUGUCUCAGUUGCUCUUCAAUUAUGAUAAACUGUAUAGAUCGAGGCCUGUUAUACAAAACAAACAGUGGUUGUUUCCAGAAGAUGUACUUAAAGAAGAAAGCUUUAAGCCCUAUGAUUUACCUGACCCUGUGUUCAGAGAAGGGUUGGAUAGUAUUGUCAGUGUGUAUAGGGCAACAGGGCUUCUGUUAGCUGCAAUAAAUGCCAAAACUGCAGAUCUCUUUGAGAGCCGAAAGCUUGACAAUGGCAAACCUGUGGUCAACCCAGAUGUCAUCCAGUUAGACAACUCUCUCCAGAAUGCCUUGACCAAAAUACCUGAUUACAGGACUCUGGACAUUGACUUUGAGUCUGACAGUGUGGCAGUAACUGAUCUUCAACAUCUACAAGUAUCUAGCAGUGGGCUGAAGAUACCAGAUGAACAACUGCCCUUUAAGUGUGGUUCUCUGAUCACACUCACCUUGAAAAUGACAACGUCUGAUGGUCAUGCCCUUCCUGAAAGUUUUGUACAAUUGAAGGACUCAUUGCGGACCUUGAAGUUGACAGACAAUCCACUGGAGAAGUUUCCAGGGUUCCUUACUCAGUUUACCAGUCUCUCUGUGCUGGUCCUGGCAAAUACCCUGAUACAAGAGGUUCCAGAUGAUAUUGGAAAUCUUUUGAAUCUCACAAAACUUGACCUAACCCAUACAUUGGUUAGCAACCUUCCUCCAAGUUUUGCUAAACUGAAGAAUCUGCGUCAGUUGCAUAUCAAGGGAAUAAAACUUCCCUUCAAAGACCCGCUCCAUUGCACUGCUUUCCUGGAGCAUGAUGUGCAGGCAUACAGUAUCAAAGAUAAGUUUGAUCAGCUGUCCAGACUGGUGAAGCAGUAUGAUGCUAACAACAAGGGGGUUCUCACAGGUCAAACUUUGGCUGAUUUCAGAAAAGAAGCAUUCAGUGUGUUCCCAAGAUUUAAACCAGGGCCUGGGUGUGAGGGGGGCUUCCCAGAGGUUCUGUUCCACUGUACCAAGCUUCGUUCCCUGAGUUUCUGUCGCACAGCCAUCCAGUUUCUACCUGAUGGUAUUGAGAGGUUAUCUCACUUGGAAGAGCUGAACUUGGACCACAACCCUUACCUGGAGUCUCUGAGCCCCAAAGUGGGAAAACUACCCUUGCAGAAAUUGAUGCUGGAAAGCUGCCCGCGUCUCUCCACACCACCACCAGAAAUAAUCCAUCGUGGAGCAGCACAGACCAUUGCCUACAUGAAAAGACUUCAGAUGGGUUCCAUGAAAUACAACAAAACCAAGUUGAUGUUUGUGGGGCUGGGUGGGGCUGGAAAAACAAGCCUGAUGCGUUCAUUGAUGAGCAAUGACUUCAAAUCUAGCCAAAUCGAAGGUGAAGCCAUUACUGACGGCAUAGACAUCAACAUGUGGACAGUCAAGCAUGGAGACCAGGAACCCAUCACAUACAGUGUGUGGGACUUUGCUGGCCAGACACUUUACUACAACACCCAUCAGUUCUUCUUGUCAAAGAGAGCCAUCUAUGUUCUAGUGUGGAACACUAGGCUAGGUUAUGAGCAUGCAGGAUUGGACUUUUGGCUCCAUUCCAUAGCCUGCCAUGCACCCAAAGCUCCAGUGUUUAUUGUUGGCACUCAUGCUGAUAAGAUUGCUAAGGCAGAUAUUCCAUCAGAGAGCAUCGAAAAGAAGUUUCCAUCCAUUGCUGGGUUUUACACUGUGAGUUCAUUGACUGGCCAGGGCAUCGAUUCUCUCCUAGAUGAAAUCAUUAAUGUCACAAUGAAGCAGUCUUACAUAGGGAAGCAGUUUCCAAUCCCUUGGAUCAAAUUCGAAACAGCCAUAAUGAAGCAAAGAGGCACCAAGAGUGUUCUUUUGUGGCAAGAGGUUCAAAACUUGGCAGAGAUGCAAGGCAUUCAUGAGGCAGAAGAAGUCACACAGGCUGUUGGAUUUCUGCAUGACCUGGGCACACUGCAUCACUUUGAGAAUGAAUUCUUAAGUGACAAAGUGGUGAUUAACCCACAGUGGAUUGUGGAUGUCAUGGCAUGUAUUGUGUCUGUACACAACUCGGUGAUUAAGGAUGGUCGUCUGCAACACUCUGAUAUUGGAGUCAUAUGGAAGGACUAUCCAGAAGACCUUCACCAGUGGCUACUGAAACUGACUGAAGUCUUCAACCUGACAUUCCCAUUGUCAGAAGAAGAGACCAGCAUUGUUCCCUGUUUACUGCCUCAGAAACAACCCCAGAUUGACUGGCCAGAGAAGAUGGAUAAAGAUGAACGAGAGCUGAAGAUCAUUUAUCAGUUUGAUUACUUGCCCGCUGGACUGUUCAACAGAGUUCAAGUUCGUCUCUCAGAGUUCUCUGAUACCUCUGCCAUAUGGAAGACAGGCUCCAUCCUCCAGAAGAAUGGCCACCUUGCACUUCUCUCCCAGCAGGACAACAACCAGGUUUUGGUGAAGGCUCAGGGAGUGCGGCCUGAGAACUUCCUGCUUUUAGUGCAUGAAAUAUUUGAGAGCCUCAUUGAAGAAUCAUUCCAGGGUGUUUCAUAUGAAUACCUGCUGCCCUGUAUGGAUUGUCUGCGAAGCGAUGCUAAGGACCCUACCCUGUUUUCAUCCAACGUUCUUCAUAGAGCUAUUGACAAAAAAGCCCUGUUCCUGCAGUGCCACAAUUUUUUCCACACCCUGUCCAUAGCAGAAGUCCAAGCCAACAUGCCGCCCGACUCCGAUGACACCUUUGAUCUCAACUUUCAAGACACUGUGAGAGACCUUAAUAGUCUGCAGGACAAGCUUGGUUAUGAUGCCUGUUUCUUGUUCUGUAAGCAAGACCUGGAGAAGACAGAUGGCUGUGAUGCUGCACCAAUUUGCGAUAUUGAGGCAAGAUUAGUGAAAGCAGGAUUCAAGUGUUGGCUGCCAAAAGCGACGCAGACUCCAGAUGCAGAGCUUGUUGCUACUGAGAUCCAAACAUCCAAGGUGGCUUUGAUAUUUAUUUCUUGUCAGUUUGUGAAAGAUUCCGAGUGUCAGAGGUUAUUUCAGUAUGUCAACGACAGCCUUAAGAAACCCUUUAUCUUGCUGAUGGUUGAUCCUAACAGAGAUUGGCUGAAAUCUGAUAUUGGUAUGCAGGUGGCAGAGAAGGUCUACCUCAACUUCAGUCGCCCUUCCUUGUUUGAGGAAAGCAUGAAGGAACUUGUCAGCAAAUUACGUUUGAAAACAAAGAAGAAGAAGGGGGUUAGUGUGGCAUCUGAUUGCUUUAUCAGUUAUUGCUGGACCAAUUCCGCAUCAGCACUGAAAAUGGGUCAAGUCUUUAGACCAAAAGAGGGCGCCAUUGGGAAUGGGGAUCCACGUGAAAUCAAGGAAUUUCUGGAGAAGAAUGGGAUCAACUGUUGGCUGGAUGUGGAGAGAGUUGGAGAAAAUGGACUGUUUGAGGAUAUCGCUGAAGGUCUGAAGAACACCAAGGUUGUGGUUGCCUGCGUGUCUGAUGAGUAUGCCCUAUCUGCCAACUGCCAAAUGGAGUUCCGUUUUGCCCAUGUAGCUUUAAGAAAACCCAUCAUCCUUGCUGUAGUUGGGACUGGUUUCCAGUGGGCUGCUACUGAAGUUGGCAUGCUGUCCCUGGGAUAUCACAAGUUCAACUUCCAGGCACCCAGCGAGACAUCACAUGACCAGUUGUUGUCUGCCGUUAGAGAACAGAUCCAGGCAACGAAGGCAGAGGAAGCAGUGAGCCACGUACCUACUUCAUCCAAAACUUCCGCCAACCCAAGCUCUGCCUUCCAGGAAUUGUAUGAGCUGGCCCAGAGGAAGAUACUGAGGCAGAUCUCUGGUUAUGUGGAUGAUGCAUACCCAAGGCUGUUCCUCAUUGACUUAUGUGACAACCAAAGCGAAGGGCAGAACCGACCAGAGUCUGACACAGAGGUGGCUGGCACUGAUGAGUCUCCUAAAGAGGUGUUGAAACCUACCUCAGAUAAAGUCCAGUACUGCCUGCGGCUCCUGUGUGAAUACGAGGGCGGCUGGCACUGUGAAGGAAAACCAGUGGCAAUUCCAUUAGUGGGAGAAUACCUAGACAUGUUCUUCCCACUGACCUCGCCUUACUUGGCUAGGAUUAUGACAGUGAUAAAACACAGCAGUAUUGACCUGAAUUGUUUCCAUGGUGUCCAAGGAGAACACCUGUUGGACAUGCUGGAAAAGAAUGCUGGAGUUGUGGAUGUAGAGAGUAUGAAGCCAGUGUAUAUAUACUUGAGACAAUUCCUUAUCAACAGCGAUUUGGACAAAACUGCUGGAGGACUAAGAAGAUGUCAGCAGGCCAGUGGAAAGAUAGUGUGGCUGUGUCCAGAGCACCAGGAACUGCCACGUGUGAGUGUUCUCCAUUACGACACGUCUGACUUCCCACUGCAGACCCCCCACUCCUUGCUUCAUUACCUCAAGCUGCUCUCCACCCAACACAUGCUGAAAACUAGUAGUGAAGAAGCAGGGUUAAAACCAGAUAAAACAAAUUCUCCAAGAAGCAAAACCCAAAUAAGCCAGAGUGGAACCUCAUUGGUUGGUCACAACCCCCAGCAUCAGCCACUGUCUGUGGCAGAGCCAGCUCAACUGGAUCCUGUACCCAAUCAUGUACCAAGCCCUGUACCCCAUCCUGUAUCCAAUGAUGUAUCCCAUCCUGCAGCUGAGACCGAAGAACCAGCGAACAUCUCCCAGAUCGGAAACAACCCUCCAGAUGUCCAUACCUCUGCCCAAGGUGAUACACUUCCUCAUGGUGAUGCAGAGAUCACAGAGCCCAGGAACACCCUAAACAUGUAUAGGAACGCCAAGGCUGCCAAAGACUUUGAGAAACUGCGUAAAGAAGUGGCUGCAGUUAGCCAGUUUUCCAAAGGAAGUCAAGCUUGUACCAUCAUUUAAAAUCACAGCACAGAAAAGUUUCCUUAAAAUGUUCAUCAGUGUUUCAUGUAACCAUUCACAGAAAAAAAUACAAAAAGUUCUCUGUGAAAGUGACAUUUAUUGCGUAAAUUUUAAUAUAAGUGCGAUUGCCAUAUAAAAGCCAUACUAUUUAAGCUGUGUCAACACAGGCUCAGGUAUAGCAAACAAGAUUUGGGUUAUUUUUACAGCAUCAGUUCUAAAAAAUUGUGCAUGGCAACUCACCUAAGUUCCGAGUGUGAAUACACUGUACCUGUAUUGAUAGGAAAAUAUUUCAACUGGAUUUUUAAAAUAUUUAUCCUUAACUCUUGAUGUUAUCAGAAAUGUGAUAGUAAUAUACUAUGCAAACAUUAUUUUAGUUUUUACAAGUUUUGUUGAGUUUUAUAUCUGUCCAUACAAUAAGCAGAGGUGCAAUGUUUAUCUAAGUCAGCCUUAUGUCUAUUGUUAGCAAUAAUAUGUCCAUAGUAUAUGUAUUUAAGUGAUAUUUGUUUUUCUAAUUCCCUAUUUCUAGCCUACUUUUCUUUAUGUAUAUAAAUAUAUAUUUCUUGUGAUACACUACUGUUAUUUGUAUUGCAGCAGAUUAUGUGAGGUUGCAUCUAUACAUUUUUUGGAAAGAUGUUUGAAUUAAAUGCACAUAAUCUAGAUUUGUUAUCUUUAUAUAUUACUACACAUAUACUGUUGUGGUGAAUCUGUGGAAAAUAUAUACAUUAUAUACAUUUGAGUCACAGUUUUAGACAUUUAUUCUACAAAGGUAUUCAUGGAAUUAUUUUCUUGAAAGUAACAGUCAAAAUCGACGUUUACUGUGACUGCUGUCCGUCCAAGAUAUUAUUUUUAUUUAGACUAUUCACAUUAUAUAUUUGAAUAUCUGUGAUGUU